ACUAUGAGAUUUUGAGGGAUGAACUAGUCUGACAAUGGAUGCCGAAGGCUUUGUCAGUAAUUUGCAUGGAACAAAUUUGGAGGACGUUGGGAUAAGUUAUUUCAAUGAGCUAGUCAAUAGAAGCCUGAUUCAGCCUGCAGACAAAUACGGGCAGGUGUGUUGCAAAGUACACGAUAUGAUGCUGGAUUUGAUCCUAAGCAAGUGUGCAGAAGAUAAUUUCAGUAGUGUGGCAUAUACUUCUGAAGACAUAGCAAGACUGUGUGACCGCACGUACAAGAUCCGUCGGUUAUCCCUGAUAUCACGUGCUGACAUAACAUCAAGUGAAACAAUAUCAUGGACAGUUUCGGAUAGCACAUCACAAGUUUGGUCAUUGGUAUGUUUCGGAGGUUGCAAGUCCAUACCUCGUCUUUCUCAGUUAAAGUAUAUCCGUGUGUUAUCCUUUGAAUGUCCAAAUUCAUUUGGGGAUUCACAUGUGGACCUCACUGCUAUCAGCCAAUUGUUUCAACUGAGGUAUUUAAAGGUUUCAGAGCAUUACUAUCCAAAGCUUCCCACUGAAAUUCGGGGGCUUGUGCAUUUGGAUACAUUGGAUGUAGCACGUGGAAGCAUCCCGUCAGACAUAGAGCACUUGCCCCGCUUGUCUAAUCUAGCAGUGGGUUGGUAUGGGGAGAUAGGGCUACCUGAAAGGAUCGGGAUCAUGGAAUCACUUCGCACACUCCAUGGUUUCGAACUGCAGAGGAGUCCGCUGGAGGCUCUUCAGGGCCUUGGUAACCUGACUAAUCUGAGGAGUCUGAAGCUUUUUAACUUGGAUGAUGAUGAGUGCAAUCUGCUGGAGAAGGCGGCGAAGUUUGAUGCUUUGGUCUCUUCUAUUUUUAAGUUACGCAACCUCAAAUAUCUCAUGAUGAGAGGCCAUCAUGAUGGGAUUACUAUUCUUGGAGGACUGCCAUCCCUCGUCCACCUCGAGCUUCAAGUUGUGACAUUCCCUAAAGAAGAGGCUGUAAUCAUGAGCAAGGGAUUAUUCCCAGUUCUGGAGCGCCUUACAUUCCUCUCUGACGAAGAUGUUAUAACAUAUCUGCGGUUCGAGGCAGGAGCUAUGCCCAAGCUACAAGAGCUCAGUGUGCAUCUCAGAGUGCCGCAGUGGGGUGGAGCUGCACCAGUUGGUACGGAGCACCUGUUAGCCCUCCAGCAAAUCAGUUUACUUGUAUUCGGCACCAAGAAGGAAUCUCGUGAAUAAGUGAAUCUUGAAGUCCAGUCUGCGUUUAGGAACUCCGUGCAACUGCACCCAAGACCUCCUUCCGUGGAUAUUACCUGUGUAUUGUGAGUGAAGCAUGAACGGAUCACGUGCACUCAGCAGUCUGUCUCUGGACAGGACAAGGCUACAGCCUCUACUGUAACUCACAUCAUUUCCUCUGCUAUAUGUUGUACACUUUUUCCAUUCAGUUUCUCCGGUGUUUGAUUUCUUGAGUGUUAUAUAACAUCAAUAUUUCCUUAGUGUUGAGGGGGUAUGAAACCUCAACCAUUGUGUUGUUGUAUAUCCAGAAAAUCACGUUAAUAAUGAGGUAUUAUUUGGCUUGUGAAA